UCAUACAUGUGGUAGCCUGGAAUGGACCAGGAUGUAGAGAGAGUGGUUCAGAAAUGUGAGGUGUGUCAAAGUUUCAGAAAGGCACCUGCUCAAGCUCCUUUGCACCCGUGGGAGUGGCCAGGCUCACCCUGGGAAAGACUUCAUGUAGACUACGCAGGGCCCUUCUUAGGAAGAAUGUUCCUAAUUCUGGUAGAUUCUCAUUCUAAGUGGAUGGAAGUUUAUCCUGUGAUGCAGGCCACUUCCCAAAUUACAAUUGAGAAAUUGAGAAUGUGUUUCAGUACACAUGGAUUACCUAAAAUGUUAGUAUCAGACAAUGGAACAUGUUUUACCAGUAAUGAGUUUGAAACUUUCAUGGAGAGAAAUAGUAUUCAACAUGUAACUUCAGCUCUGUAUCAUCCUUCUUCAAACGGCCUAGCGGAACGUGCUGUUCAAACUUUCAAGGAGGGGAUGAAAAAGAUGAAAGGUAACACUGUGGAGACAAGAGUAGCAAGAUUCUUAUUUAAUUAUAGAAUCACUCCCCAUGCAACAACUGGGUUAUCACCUGCUCAAAUGCUAAUGUCACGGAAGUUGAGAUCCGCAUUUGACUUACUUAUUCCUGAUGUGAAUUUCAAAGUUUUGAAAAAACAGCAGAAACAAAAAGAAGGCCAUGACAACAGUUGCAAACUUCGAAGUUUUGAAGUUGGAGAUUCAGUGUACGUGAGGAACUAUGCUGGUGGACCUAAAUGGAUUCCUGCAGUAGUGGAAUGUUUUACAGGACCUCUUUCAUAUAAGACUGCUCUGGGGCAUGGACAAACAGUGAAAAGACAUGUGGAUCAAAUAAGGAAUCGUAGUACAGAUGAGAUGCUGGAGAUUAUACUACCCACAGAGAGUGAACAGGAUGGUGACACUUCUGCAUUGCCUUGUGCGGAUGUUGUCAAUACACCUGCAGACCAGGAGAUGUCUGCCCUUGAGAAAGACCAAUCGCUAGAAUUGGCUGUUGUAGAAAAAGAAAUUAACCAACCUACGAAUCUGAGAAGGUCUGCAAGAGAGAGACGUUCUCCAGCUUACUUGAAAGACUAUGUUACAAAAAUCAAAUCAGUAAAAGACAAUCAAUGCAAUCUAACUGGUAGUUGUUAACAUGUUUGUAAAAAAAAAAAAAAAAAAAAAAGAUUAUGAUUGUUAUACAGUGUUAUAUUUUGUAAAUAAUGUUAUUAGUAUUUAGUUGGUGAUAUUGGUGGUAAUAGUAUUGAAAAAAAAAAAAAAAUUGACAAUUGAUAGCUUAAGGAGGAUGGGAUGUAGUAUCCUGGAGUAACCACUAGGCUCAUCUGUAUAUCUAAGUUGUUGGGUUCUAUCUUGGCACGAGUGGGGUGGAAGAAGAGGUGCCAGGUGGAAGGAGUGUUUGAUGUCUGUUGCUGUAACUGCUGCAAACAGAAAGAGUACUACAAUUUUGGAGGCACCGCUGGGAUGAUUGUUGGGUGGACUGACUCCUUCAUCAGCGAGAACCACCCAGUCACAUUCAUCUCUUACCCAGACGUACAGCAGUGAGGCUGCAGAGUGAAGUGGAGAGACCAGGCUGA